AUGCGUCUCUCUCAUUCUUCUUCAUUCCACAUACCUUCCAUUGCUAGGAGUCGACUUUGGCCAUUUCCUUUGUGUCUGUCGCAGUCGCGCGCUUCACGGACAACAGGUUGGUUUCUGCCUGAGGGUCUGCCUAGCCCCUCCCCCUGCUUGUUUCGUGUACUGUACGUACUCUCACCAGAAAAAGCUCCCACCAGGCUAUCGAGGAGGCGCAAGUCUAUCCAUUUGUUGGCACAUUUCUUCCCCAAGAUUUUAUUUUUUGUUUUCUUCCUUUUACAAAGACCAUUCUCGACUUCUCUAUUGAAUCUUUGUCUCCAAAUUCGAUUUCGCUUCUCGUGGCUCGCUGCCCCCAAGACUUUUACCCUCUACUGUGUACAAGUAGCAUCAGGCGGGGGACACUUGCGUGUCGCAGCCUUGUGCACUCACGCCUCCUUCAAUUCCUUACCUAUCUAUAUCAACCUUUUGCCCUUCCACCCAGUUACCCGAUACAACUUAUCGAUCCUGUUUUGUCAUCUCUAUCUCAACCGGUCUCAACAACAGAACAAAGACAAAGUAGAACUCAUCAGUGCCAUGUCCAGGCCCGGUCCUACCAAGCCUGUUCAGGGCGCUGACGGAUCACGAAAACCUCGCCAGUGCCCAGAAGCACAAACGCUCUACAACCAGAUGCGGGAUGUUGAGGAAGAAUCCAAGCGUCCUCGGCGUUUCAACGAAGCUCUACGGCAGCAAGAACGAGGCAGACAGAACGGCCCCGGUUACAGCUCCUACCUGGACAUUCCCCGAACAACCUAUAGACGAAAUAGAUCUCGUACUGGUUCAAUCGGUAGUGCCGGCCCAGCGUCGACACAAGGCUCGGAUGGAGGAGUUGAAGAAAGCGGGCGAAAAAGGCGAGGCUGUCGCAACAAACCUUUGGAUGAGGCUCAGAGGUUGAGAACGGCAUUUGUUCGAACAUAUGUUCAUGCUUGCGGAGAGUGUCGCCAGCGUAAAGUAAAGUGUACUCACUUCGAUAAUAGCGAGCUCGAAGCCAACUACCAGGCAUUCAAACAGUCAAGGCACACAGGGAUAGUCCAAUGUCACCAUCUCCAGAUUCCCAGUAGUCCGGCGGUGUCAUAUUCUCGAGGGCAAUGUCCAAACGACAUGGAACUAUUCGGAGUCGGUAGCCAUACACACGGGUGUCCUAAUCAGCCGAUUGUUAACGACCAUGAACAUGAACAUCGCGACGACGAUAUCGUGCUUGACAGUCCAUCAACAAUGGUCGAUACCUCUAGGGGAGAUCUCUUCCUGUCCAUGCAAGCCGCUCCGAUCAACAUCAAUCCAGCCUACAGUUCAGCCUAUAGCCCAACAUAUAUUGCCCCUAUUGGCUUUGAUGAUUUAUAUACACCAUUCCACAACCUUUAUCCCGGUUCUCCGAUGCUGUCCUCACCAGGUUCUUCAGUUGGUGAUGAAGAGAAACCACUUGGCUUACUUGCCAACGGUACCAUCUGGGAGUGCAAACGAGGAGCCAUCGAUCCAUGGACACUGGCGCGCACUGACAACGGACCGCAUGAAUGCCACGCACGCUUCCAAAAUCUUAAUUCCCUUCUGAACCACUACAGAACUCAACACGAGCCCUUCUUCAACGACAGAAUGGUCCAUAGAUGUAGCUGUUGCGGCUCUUUUGCAGGACCUUACGACCAGAGCUGCACGAAGUGUACAAUUGACGCUUGUUUAACUUGCACUGCUACUUGGCCGCUUGCCUCAUGGUAUUAUGGUACCAUGAUGCCUCCUGCUCCCAGUUUGAUCUCUGGCACAUCGACGAUCCACACCGGACAAGGCUUUCGAAACGGAAACGGGCUGCUGAGUCUUCCAUCAUAUUUCGGAGGAUCUAACUCUUACAGCACCGGCCCUGACGGAUCCAAUGCCUACGGAUCCAACUCCUUCGGCAUAUACGGCGGUAGCAGCUACGCCGGCUCCACGAGUGGCCAGACUUUUGGAACGACAUCCAAAGGAACUGCUGAGACACGGCGGUUUGAACACUAUGCUCCUCUACAGCACCAAGUAUCCUCAAACCACGAUCCCCUUCGUCAUCAUCACGACGAGAACUCGAUCUCCGUCAAACCAACAAGGGAGGACCGCCCAAGGGAACCCCCAAGGGAACCCCCAAGGGAACCCCCUAGUGACUACCACCACUUUCCAAGAAAGUCACCAAAAUGCUCCGCUCCCCCAACGACGUUUUCCCUCAUGGUCAAGUCAGCAAAUUCAUUGAAGCUUAACGCCCCUUGCCUUACCUUGACACAUUAUCUGAUCCUGUUGCUUUUGUUUUCCUUUCCCUCAAGGUCUUCAGACGUGGAUAACACCGCCUCGUCAUCUCUGAUCAAAGAGGUUGUGCGGUCCAUGGGCCACUACAUGCCGCUGGUAUCGGCUUUGUGUAUUGCUGUGGGGGUACUCGGGAUGUGGGUUUAUCGAUUCGGAUCUGAAGCUGUCGAAGAGACUACCAGCAAGGUUGUCGGUGAUGGAAGGCGCAGCAGUCUGUUGUCAAUGUCCUUGGUCGCCUAA